UUAAAAUGCCGACCGGUGAUUCAUCGUUCACUGAGCUGGCAGAGUGACUAAUUUGUGUUUUGGCACACCCAUCUUACACGAACUACUAACUUUCUGCGGUGGAUACGAGUUAAACAAAUUCGGAAUUCAGCUACACAGACCUGCGUUUGUACCGCCAUCAAACCUGUUCGGUUUAACGCAAAAUGGGUUCAUAUUUGUGGAUUUUAUUUUUUGCAGUUUUUGCGAUUGCUAAGGCGCAAGAUUUAGAUCUUUUUGAUGCUUUAGACGAUGAGGUUAAACCUACACCUAAACCACAGCCAAAACCCAAGGCUGGAGGAGACGAGCCAAAACCCAAGGCUGGAGGAGACGGUUCAUUGGACCUCGCUGAUGCCCUCGGUGGAGACAGUCCACCUCAACCAGAAAAACCAAAGCAACCUGCAGAGGAGCCUUCGAAACCCAGUGGUGGCGGCGGCGACUUCAGUGAUUCAGACCUUCAUGAAUUGACUGGCGGUGGUGAAUACAACCCUGAUGCUGGAAAAGGUGGGCGAGCUGGAGGUAACAGCCACGACUCCACAGGCGACGCAUCAGAUGAACCUCAAGCAGCUAGCGGUGGGCAGAUGGCUGGCAUCAUCAGUGCUGUAGGAGUGGCAAUAUUAGGUGCUGCAUCCAGCUAUUUUGCUUACCAGAAGAAGAAACUCUGCUUCAAAAUGCAAGGAGGAGGUGGUGACCCUGAGAGUGGUAAUAACCGAUCUGGCACACAGUCUGACCCACAAGCUCUGAGCAACCUCAUGCGAUCCUCCUAACUCCUGAUGGAUCAACGCACAUGUUCACACUGCAGAGACCUGCACUCUCUCUACAAGAGACUACAAGAAGUGCCUAAAGUUUUAGGGUUGUAUUUUUUAUGUUAGAAUGUUAUCCGAUUGUUUUUUUAAAGCUUGUUAGCUGUGUUAUUUUGAGACUUUGUGUGUAUUUCAAUUAUCCAAAUUGUGCUUGAAAUGGUUUCUGUAAGCCUGCUGUUAAUGUUCAUUUGAUGAUUAGGCUUGCUGGAACAGCAUCACCAACUAUAAAGGUUUUAAAUGAUUUUACAUGAUUAUUUAGAGCAGAUACAGCUAAACAGUAGGUGUGGUGAGGGAUUUUUAGCAUUUCUGUUACUGUUCUUUUUUAUGUAUGGAUGAGUAGAACAAGUUAUGGUCUAAAAUGUUUAUAAAGGAUUAAUUUUUAUGUAGUGGUGUUAAAGGUUCUAUGAUGGAAUGGAAUAUAAAUAUGAUAGGUAGAGCUAGUUUGACUUCUGUUAGAGCAGUGGUCCCCAACCACCAGGGUCCGUGGGUCAUUUAUUACCGGGCCGCACAGAAAGAAUAUAUAAUUAGAGAUAGCUACAAGAGCAAAUACAUUUCCAAAACUCUUCGGGUGUUAUUGUUCCCAAUCACCACUAGGUGGGAGCAGCGUCUUAUUGCAGCGGAAAAAGCUCAGGCUCACUGAUUUUCUAUUCUAUAGUUAUUCUAUUGUAAAUCCCCCCACCCCCACUGGCCCAUGAAAUUAUAUCUUAUAUGAAACCGGUCUGUGGUGCAAAAAAGGUUGGGGACCACUGUGUUAGAGUACAUACAACAGUGGAAAUGUGGGUGCAACUGUCUAUUUGGGCAAGCCGUAGCCCAGUGGUUAAGGCAGUGGUCCCCAACCACUGGGCUGCGAACUGGUACCGGUCCGUGGGUCAUUUAUUACCGGGCCGCACAGAAAAAAUAAAUAAUUAGAGUUAUUGUUAUUGUUUCAUAUCACCCCUAGGUGGGAGUGCUGUCUCAUUUCACUUAAUUUGUGAGCAGUAUAAUUAUAUCCUCCCACUGGGAGGUAUUGGGGACCGCUGGGUUAAGGUACUGGAGCAGUAAUCAUAAGAUCACUGGUUCAAGCCCUUGAGCAAGGACCUUAACCCUCAAUUGCUUAGACUGUAUACUGUUAUGUAGGUCGCUUUGGAUAAAUGCGUCUGCUAAAUGCAGAAAAUGUAAACUUAAAUCUAUAGUCAAGCGAGCUUUAUAUUGGGAAUUGAAUAAUUUGUUUUGACUAAAACUUUUGAUCAUUUAGUUACAAAAAAAGAACAGUUGCAGACUGCCAUGACGUACAAGCCCCCUGAUACAUAUACACUAAAUUUUGACUAAAACUCUACAUGCAGCUCCAUUGUUAAAUACAUUACAUAAGUCAAAUUAAGGAGAGAAAAAAAAAAACUUUUUUUUUUUUUUUUGCUUUAUGACCCACAUUUCUUUCCAGAAUGGAAGCGAGUGGUGGGUUUUGUAUUGUUUGUGUGUUUAAAAUUGUCUGUUACUGUGUCUGCUUUAUUCUUCUCACAGGUAUUAUUAGAAUUCCAUCGGCUGUAUGUUGGGAUUUGUGCUAGUAUUACUUUUGCUUUUUGUACAAAUGUGUUUUGCGAGUUUUGUUUUGUAAUAAUAUGCACGUAAGACUGUUACUAACUGAUGUAGUAAGAUAGAGGUAAGAAAUGGGGUGGGCAGUAUAAAAAAAACAUAUCAGAGUAUCUAGACAUUUUCAUCAUUCUCAGUAUGUUUUACAAUAUUCAAUUAAUGUCAUUUUAAUUAAAAGUUGUAUUAAAAAUAACAAUAUGCUUGCUUUAUGUAAAUAAAAACGGGGCGGCAUGGUGGCUCAGUGGGUAGCACUGUCGCCUCACAGCAAGACGGUCCUGGGUUCGAUCCCCAGGUGGGGCGGUCCGGGUCCUUUCUGUGUGGAGUUUGCAUGUUCUCCCCGUGUCUGCGUGGGUUUCCUCCAGGAGUGCCGGUUUCCUCCCACAGUCCAAAGACAUGUAAGUGAGGUGAAUUGGAGAUACAAAAUUGUCCAUGACUGUUUGAUAUGACCUUGUGAACUGAUGAAUCUUGUGUAAUGAGCAACUACCGUUCCUGUCAUGAAUGUAACCAAAGUAUAAAACAUGACAUCCCAAACAAACAAACAAACAUAAAUAAAAGCAGGGCUUCAGGCUUGUGGGGUUUCAAUCCUCGCAUGUUUCUUUCCUCUGUGUGGGCUUAAUCCAAUUACUCCAGUUUUCUUUAUCGCCCCAAAACAUGCUGAAGGUGGAUUGGCUGCUGUACAAUUCAUUUGCGGUGUGUGUUCAUGAAUGUGUAAUGCCCUGUGAUGGAAUGGCACUCCGUCCGGGCUUUAUUCCUGUCCUGUGUCCAAUGAUUCUCAGUCGCACCAGCAUCACUGCAACCCUAACCAGGAUGAAGUGGUUAGUAUAAUGUAUAAAGCAGCUUCACCAGUUAUUGUUCUACCUUUUUUUAAUUAAUCCUGCUAAAAAAACAAAUUAUUUUAUAUCUGAACUGACAAUCGAAAUUGCUUGGUGCUUUUUAUUGUGUAAUUAAGAAACAAAUUUUGUUUGCAUAGGUUGUUAUUGACUAACACUUGGAUAGCUUUAUAUUUAUGUGCCCCAUUGUGAUGCUGCCAAAGGUUGAACUGAAUAAAGCCAUUAUAAACUUA